AUGACUACGACAGAGGGGCACCGACCGGAUGAUUACCCUCACCUCACCAGUCCGUUCAGGUCAAUGAGGGCCCAGUACGAUGUGGUCGUUGUCGGGUCGGGAUAUGGCGCUGGGGUCGCGGCGAGUCAAAUGGCUCGAGCAGGAAAGAGCGUCGCAGUCCUUGAAUUGGGUUGGGAGAGACGUCCGGGCUCGUUCCCGUAUUCCCUCUUUCAAUGUUUGGGGGAUCUCAACAUCUCGGGCAUUUCCCGAUGGCGGUUGCCAGACGAACCCACUCGCCUGUUUCAGCUUAUUCUGGGGGAUGGGCAGCAUGCUCUUGUCGCUCGUGCACUGGGCGGCUGCUCACUCAUCAAUGCAGGCGUCUUUCUCGAAGCCGAUCGAGAGACUCUGCAGAUGAGUGUAUGGCCCUCAGAGAUACGAAACGACACAUCUGUACUUCGACCGUACUACUCGCGCGCGGCAGAGAUGCUACAGCCUUCACCAUAUCCAGAAGAUCAUCCACGCCUUUUGAAGCUUGAAGCUAUUCAGACACAAGCUGAAUGGCUAGGCAAGGCAGUAAGUUUCUACCGCACGCCACUGACAACAUUCUUUCGUCGAGAGCGCAACCAUGUCGGCGUCAUGAUGCAGGAGAAUUGCGGUUCAGGAAAUGAAAGUACCGGUCUAGAUGAUGGAUCCAAAAACACCGUUGCUACCACUUACCUUGCAGAUGCCUGGAACUGGGGUGCUGAGAUCUUUUGCGGAUGCGAGGUACGGUAUAUAGAGCAGGAACCUAACCAAGAAGGCUACGUGGUGUACUUUGCGUGGCAUGGGAGAGGGAGGUCGGCUUUUGGUGAAGAAGUCAAGACCCAGUUGUUUUGGGUCAAAGCUAACGAGUUGUGUUUCCUUGGGGCUGGCGCUUUGGGGACAACGGAGAUCUUGCUUCGCUCAAAAGACUACGGUCUGCCAAUUUCACCCAUGGUGGGAAGGAAAAUGUCAGGGAAUGGGGACAUGUUGGUCUUUGGAUACAACAGCGACUCGAAGGUGAACGGCAUCUCAGAGGCGGCAUCAGGCCCUGCGAACCGACCAGGUCCAACAGUCACCGGCGUUGUGGAUCGAAGAGGAUUAUCCCCAGGGGAUGCGCUCGCCGGUUAUGUGAUUGAAGACGGUUGCAUACCAAAAGCGUUGAGUCCGCUAAUUCAAGCCAUGCUUGUCCUGCAAACCAUACGUUUUCCAGCUCCAUGGUCAAUUUCGGAGAGCAUAUCUCGGUUUGGGGAAACAAUUUCCAAGUUCAAGUUGCUUCCAUUCAAACUAUAUAAAGUGAGAGGCGCUAUGCAACGCACGUCGACCUAUCUAGUCAUGUCACACGACAGUAACGAACUUACACUCACCUUGAAAGACGGUCGACCGAUUCUACAUGGUCCUGGAGAAGGACGGUCUGAGAAUUUUUCCAACAUCCGAUACGCUCUGGGCUAUGUCAUUAGCCGAGCAGGAGGGAAGAUAGGAUCUUCACUAUUGCGUGGUCGUGACCGGGAAGAAGUCACUGUCCACCCCCUCGGGGGUGCCAAUAUGAGUAGCACUGGCACAGGUCGUGGAGGUGUCACUAAUCAUCUAGGCCAGGUGUAUAAAGGCCAUGGAAGUGCGACACAUGAAGGCCUUGUGUGCUGCGAUGCCUCGGUUAUACCAACUGCAUUGGGCGUGAAUCCUUUGGCUACAAUAACCGCGCUUGCCGAGCGAUCUAUCGAUUUGAUUGCCAAAAAGCGACAGUUUUACAUCGAUACUGACACUCCAAACGGAAGACUCGACGUCUAUUCGCAACCGAUGGUAUCAAGGAGGGUAGAGCAUGGCUUUCAGAAGGCGGCUGUGGAUCAGGCACCAUUAUCAAUUGGGUGGCAGUUCUCCGAGGUCCUCAAUGGACACAUAUAUAUGCAAUCGAAUGAUUUGGACUCUGACGCAUGCGAAACACUGGGUCGCAGUUCGUCGUGCACCAUGCGCAUGUUUCUUACCAUCGAAAUUUGUCGAAGAAUAGAUACUUUUGGGUUACAGUAUGAAGGCAUAUGCACCGGAACAGUGGCCUGUCGUGGACUAUCCAGAGGUCCGAUGAGAGUAGUCGAUGGCAGGAUUCGGUUUUUCUUUCCCUCAAAAAAGCAAGCAGAGUCAACGGCUUUGAGGUACUCACUUCGGCUUCUUUCACUUGAAGACAUCAGUUACAAGCUCGAAGGAUACAAAGAGAUUGAUUCAACCUCUGCAAUCUCCAUUCGCGGAAUGUGGGAGGCGACCACUAAGGUCAAUGUUCAUAUCACUCGAGAUGACGAGAUGAAAGUAGGAGCGGGUGUCCUCCGCAUAUCAUGGCCGUCUUUCCGACGACAGAUGAGAUCAUUCAGGGCAACUGUUCCUUUCAGAGUCAGACUAGUUUCAGUCUUAGUCCUUUUCCUGGCCUACUUUGCUCUCCAGCUUGUCGUGGUAUUCCUUCGACCUUUUGCGCCGGCUCGCAAGUCUCGCCGCUCCCCUCAUCCUUCCCCUGGCCCAAAACAGCAGCCCUUCAAUACAACAAUCCUUAGAACAGAGGAUGGAGUCACUGUACGCUUACAGGAGUACGAGCCGUUGCCGAACAUCAACGAGGCUAUCAAAGGCGAAUACCUCGGGUCUCAGCCAGUCUUAUUCAUCCCGGGAGUCACCGGUAAUGCUGCACAUAGCACCUUUGCGCUUCCAUAUCUGCGAUGCAACAUGGUCGAGUAUUUCACAGCACGCGGAUGUCGAUGCUACGUCUUGACACCUCGCUGGGGCAGCGAUGCUAAAACAUCCGCGCAAUGCACUGUUUACGACUGCCGCCUCGAUAUCGCAGCGGCGUUACAACAUAUUCUCCAUGAACAAAAGCGGAAACCAUAUGUGAUAGCCCACUGCCAAGGCUCCGUGGCACUCGCAAUGGGUCUACUGGACGGUACCAUUAAACGCACACACAUACUCGGUAUCACAGCCAACGCCGUAUUCAUGACGCAGGUCCUAGCCUACUGGAACUCACUGAAGGCCGCCACACCAGCCCUGAUCCGGCUAUACGAGUUCAUCUCUGGCACACACUACCCAAUUGGGUCGUCCGACGGCAACAAACCCAUCCAUAAAGUCCUUGACAUUCUCCUCCGAAUUUACCCCGUCGAAAACCGCCGAGACAUCUGCACCUCGACACAUUGCCAUCGCACGACAUUUGCAUUCGGCUUGUGCUGGAACCACAAUAACCUCGACGCUGACAUACAUGACAACGUUGGCCAGUUCUUUGCAGAUACGCAUACCAAGCUCCUCGAGCAUGUUACCCGCAUGGGAACGCAUGGAGCGUGCUUGGACAAUGACCUGCGUCCGCUCCUCACCGAUCGGAAUCUUCGUAAUCUGCAGGAUAUUCCGAUCUUGUUUAUGUCAGGUACGGUUAACCAGGUGUUCAAGCCUGAGUCGACUCUACGGGAUUAUGAGAUGCUAAGACGUCGGUUCGGGGAGCAUCUCUAUCGUCGGUUCUUGGUUGAGGGUUAUGGUCAUUUGGAUCCGGUUAUCGGGAAGAAUGCAGCGAAUGAUGUUUAUUGGAGGGUGUUUGAGCAUGUUAAGUGGUGUGUUCAGGGGCAGAGGGGUACGAAGACUUGA